CGUGUUAGGUGACUGAUGAGGAUACCCGCAUUCCUCCAUUUCACCAUAUGGACAUUUUCAUCUAAAGGUUAUUUGUCCCGUUUAAUUCGAACGGUUGCUGAAACCUCAUAGAGAGAGAAGGUGCCAUUGCCUGUUCGGACAGUCCUGUUGAGAGAGAGAGAGAGAUGGCAGAGGAAGGAGUUGUGAUCAGCUGCCACAGCGUCGACGCGUGGACGGCACAUCUACAGAGGGGAAUCGAUAACAAAAAACUGAUUGUAGUUGAUUUUACUGCGUCGUGGUGUGGACCCUGCCGCAUGAUUUCUCCUAUGCUGACUGAAUGGGCGAGAAGAUUUCCUCAAGUCACCUUUCUUAAAGUCGACGUUGAUGAGUUGGCAUCUGUAGCAUCUGACUGGGCUAUAGAAGCAAUGCCAACUUUCAUGUUCUUGAAAGAAGGGAAUAUAGUAGACAAGGUAGUUGGUGCAAGGAAAGAGGAGCUGCUGCAGAAGAUCAUGAUGCACGUGGCAAAGAUUUCAGCUCAGUAGUUCCUUUGUGUCUCUGCUUUGGUCUGUCGGAUUGCUUGAAAUAAAGAGUAGCAUCUGCAAUGUAUCACGUAUUUACACUGGCCGAUUGACAACUGAGUGCCUACUUUGCAACUGAAAAUGAAAAUCUUGUUUAGUGAAUAAAAUAAUAGUAUUUGCUGAUUUA